CUUCGGGGUUUUGACCAACACAGUCUAACCAAAACCAUCGAUUCAUCACUCUCUAUAAGAUCCCAAAAACACACACAAGAGGUGAGAAACAAGAAGAAGAACAAUGCCUGUAUCGACCAGAUCCAAGGCGAUGAAUCAUCAUCACGAGCAAAGCAGGCAAGAGUACACGAAUCCACAUCAAGGUCUUAAAGAAAAGAUGAGAGCUUUGACUCUUUUGUACGAGCAGCAAAAGAGAGCCUCUUUCUCUCUCAGAAACCCUAAUCACAAUCACCAUCACCCUUCCCCAAAACCCCAAGAUCCGAGGUUUAACCCUCCCGAGAUGCCCAAUUCUUGCAAGAAAGUUCAUAAAGAUCCAAACUUUGUUAACGAUGAGACCAAAGAGAACGACGCAGAUCGUGUUUUCGGGAUGAACACGGUUCCAGUUAAGUCUUCCACUGUGAUUAGAAAGCUCUCAAUGGGUAAUGUAGCUGAAAAAGGUGAAAACUUUGAGGCUUGUGGGAGUAGGAUCAUGGUGUUUGUUAGGCUUAGACCAAUGGGGAAGAAGGAGAGAGAGAAUGGGUCAAGAUGUUGUGUGAAAGUUUUGAAUAAAAGAGAUGUUUAUCUAACGGAGUUCACUAAUGAUAACGACUACUUAAGGCUUAAGAGGCUUCGUGUUCGUCACUUCACUUUUGAUUCUUCUUUUCCUGAGACCACAACGCAACGAGAAGUUUAUUCCACUACGACAGGAGAUUUGUUGGAGGCAGUGCUUGAAGGAAGGAAUGGUUCUGUUUUCUGUUAUGGUGCUACUGGUGCAGGGAAGACUUAUACUAUGUUGGGGACAGUGGAGAAUCCUGGUGUGAUGGUUUUAGCAAUCAAGGAUUUGUUUGCUAAGGUUAGAGAGAGGAGUUUAGAUGGGAACCAUACUGUUCAUCUGUCUUAUCUUGAAGUCUAUAAUGAAACUGUUAGAGACUUGCUUUCUCCUGGUAGACCUCUUAUCCUCCGUGAAGAUAAACAGGGAAUCAUGGCAGCUGGUCUCACUCAGUAUAGAGCUUAUUCCACAGAUGAGGUUAUGGUUUUGCUUCAAAGGGGAAACCAAAACAGAACUACUGAGCCUACUCGUUGCAAUGAAACAUCUUCACGCUCACAUGCCAUCCUUCAGGUUGUAGUGGAGUAUAAGACUAGAGAUGCUUCCAUGAAUAUCAUCAGCAGAGUUGGGAAGCUAUCUCUCAUUGAUCUCGCAGGAUCAGAAAGAGCGAUAGCAACUGAUCAAAGGACGCUUAGAUCACUUGAAGGAGCCAACAUAAACAGAUCACUUCUUGCGUUAAGUAGCUGCAUUAACGCGCUUGUGGAAGGAAAGAAACAUAUUCCUUACAGAAACUCAAAGCUGACGCAGCUACUCAAAGACUCACUAGGCGGCUCGUGUAACACGGUGAUGAUUGCUAACAUAAGUCCAAGCAAUCAUUCUUUUGGUGAAACGCAGAACACUCUUCAUUGGGCAGAUAGAGCUAAGGAGAUUCGAGUGAAGGGGUGUGAAGUAAAUGAAGAGGUGGUUCAAGUGAGUGAAGGGCCUGAUCAGACCAAGCUACUGUUGGAACUUCAGGAAGAGAACCGUGAGUUGCGUGUAAAGCUCGUGGAACAACAGCAGAAGGUUUUGACUCUUGAAGCAGAGACCUUAGCAGCAGCAGCUAAUAACAACAACAACAUAUCUCCAACACCUCCAUCAAUCUCAUCUCUAAUGACUCCACCAUCUGCAUUAACAGCUCAACAGAAGAAGAAACCGAGGCACUCGUUGUUAUCAGGGACAUGUUUCACACCAGAGUCCUCCAAAAGGAGAAAAGCAGAAGAUGCAGUGAAGGAGCUUCAGCUGACUGUUAAGGCUUUGAAGAUGGAGAUGGAGAGAAUAAAGAGGGAACAUGUGGUGCAGAUGAAGAAGCAAAAGGAAGAGCUCAUGAAAGAACUGUGUAGUAAAAAGAUCGAGAAAACUCCAGAAAGAGGCAAAGAAACAAGGAGGAUGGUCACUAGAGGGAGCUUGAGACCAAAGGAUAAGGACAAGGAGCUGAUAAAAAGUCCUAGUCAUAGGUUUGCAUCUCCAGCUGCAGCAGCUAAAAAGAGAACCUUUUGGGACAUAACAGCAGCUAAUAGUCCUUCACUGGAUAGAAGGAAAACGAGAAGCCAUGUUCGUCCUGUUAAUCAAGAAGCUCCUUCAAUGCUGCUUCAGCCAGGGUUUGCUCGUCCAAGGACAACAACAACAACAACACACAUGAAGCGUUAAAACACGAGUUCAAAUGUUAUCAGUGUUUUUUGUGUUUCUUGUCUGUUUCAUCCACUGUUUGCUUUCAACUGUAUUCUAUAGGAGCAUGAUGACAAAAACACAAUAAUUUGUUUUUCUUUUACACUAAAUUUAUUCUUACAAUUCUUUUCAUCAUUUGUAUUUCAUGAAUUCCUAUUGUUUAUGAC